AUGCCCAAAGCUCUGUCCACCAGGAUCGUGGGGGGGAUCUGGUGGUUCUUCACACUCAUCAUCAUCUCCUCCUACACUGCUAACCUGGCUGCCUUCCUCACGGUGGAGAGAAUGGACUCCCCCAUAGACUCAGCCGACGAUCUGGCCAAACAGACCAAGAUCGAAUACGGCGCAGUGCGGGAUGGCUCCACCAUGACUUUCUUUAAGAAAUCCAAGAUCUCCACAUAUGAGAAGAUGUGGGCGUUCAUGAGCAGCAGGAAGAACACGGCUCUGGUGAAGAACAACCGUGAGGGCAUCCAGAGGGUCUUGACCACAGACUACGCUCUUCUCAUGGAGUCCACCAGCAUCGAAUACAUCAGCCAGAGGAACUGCAACCUCACCCAGAUUGGAGGCCUCAUCGACUCCAAAGGCUACGGCGUUGGGACCCCCAUCGGCUCACCGUACAGAGACAAAGUGACCAUCGCUAUCUUGCAGCUGCAGGAGGAAGGUAAGCUGCACAUGAUGAAGGAGAAGUGGUGGCGAGGGAACGGCUGCCCAGAGGAGGACAGCAAAGAGGCCAGUGCUUUGGGUGUGGAGAACAUCGGAGGCAUCUUCAUCGUGCUGGCAGCCGGCCUGGUGCUCUCCGUGUUCGUGGCGAUCGGCGAGUUCAUCUACAAGUCCCGCAAGAACAUCGACAUCGAGGAGUUGAGCGUGGGCCAGUGCGAGUGGCAUCACAAGUAUUAA